CUCUCUUCGUCUCUCUCAAUUCUCUGCGUAUUCUCAAUUCUCUUCUGCUUUCACAAUCGAAAGUCGAUCUGCCCUCUCUCAAUUCUCCUCUUGUGCUCUCACGAUUGAAAGCUUUCAAUCAUCGGUGAAUUGGAAAAAAGAUGUCGGUGCAGAUGAUGAUGGUGAGGGACGCCGGAGCUCCGGUGUUUUUCCGCCGUCCUUUGAUCGCGCUUCCUCGGGCUCAUGCCGUGGGGUUUGCGAUCGCUCCCCCUCCUCCCCCUCCCCCUCCUUGCAUUCAAUUUCACUUGCCGAUUCCUCAUUUCUCUCAUCCGGCGCCGAUUUCCGAUAAGGUAGAGGUUCGCCGGGUCUGCCGCUACAAUCUCAAGAUGGAGUUGGCCAUUAUUGAGGGCAUGGUGAGGAGAGGGUACCGGUUCGCUUCUUUUGAUACUGAAUUUCCCGGCACUGUGGUUCCGUCGGGAAUUGACCGCCGGUUUCUGUCCCAAGCGGGUCCCGAUGAGGUUUACCGAAUGAUGAGGGAUAAUGUGAACCAAACUCACAUUAUUCAACUCGGCUUUACGAUUUCCGACCCAAAUGGCCGUCUUCCGGUUGUUAAUGGUGCCUAUUGCUGCUGGGAGUUCAACUUUAGGGAUUUCGACGUCGAUUCGGACUCGCAUCUGCGAAACAACGACUCCAUUGAGUUGUUGAAGCGUCAAGGAAUCGAUUUCGAUGAAAACAAGCGGUCUGGUGCGAUGGUCUCCCCAUCAGUGAAGAAAGGCGAUGCAAUACUAGCUGGCACGGGUCCAAACAAAAUGGUGUCUCUGAUGAGAAGGAUGAGUGGAUGCUUUGGGUUGUUUAACAGUUGGAGAGUAUACCUAAUGAUCCUGCUUUGUAAUUGGAGGCCACUACUCAGUUUCAAAAGCUAUUAUCAAUCGAUUUGUGUAGAAUGCAGCCCUCCAAUUAAUGAGGUCAUAAAGGCGGGUGCGGUCCCGCAAUUCGUGGAAUUCCUUGGAAGGCAGGAUCUGCCACAACUACAGUUUGAAGCUGCAGGGCCCAUGACCGAUGUUGCGUCUGGAACAUCUGAGGAUAAUUGAGUUCUUAUUGAACACAAUGCAGUUCCCCUGUUUGUGCAGCUAUUAACCUCUGCUAGGGAUGAUGUCAGAGAGCAGUUUCUCACUCUCCCUUUUACUAUUUUCAUUAACUUGAUAGCCCAGUAUUAAAAAAAUUUGGGCAGUUUAUGUUCAUAUUUUCACUGGUUAUACAAGUCAUAGUGUUUCUUCAUAUCACUUUUAAGGAAUUUUGUUUGUUUGGUUGUACUAGUAAUUGGGUUGAUUUCUUGUAUCUCUUUUUUUGAACAGUCUGUAUGGGCUCUGUUAAUGUAAUUGGCGACUCACCAAGUUGCAGGGAUCUUGUUCUUACACAGGGUGCAUGACUGCCAUUGCUAGCCUAGUUGAAUGAAAUAUCAAGUUAACUAUCCAUGCUGAGGAAUGCUACAUGGACUUUAUCUAACUUUGUGGCAAGCUGCCCACACAGUUUGAACAGGUGUGAUGGUCUUCCCAAUCAGUGGAGAAAGGUGAUGCAAUACCAGCUGGGCACCGGCCUCGAAACAAAAAGGUGUUUAUGAUGAUAAGGCAAUGAUGUACCGUAUGGUAUUCUAGAACAUCAUCCCACUGAUACUCUUAGACAUGGCAGAUUAUGAUGGAUUUCUUACAUUGAGAAUUUCAAUUUCAUUUCCUAUUUAGGCAAUGAUGUACCGUACAGUAUUCUAGAACAUCUAGAACAGUGAUCGGCCGAGUGCAUUCCAUAGAAUUCUUUCUUCCAGUCCCUUCAAAGGCCAGGUCAGUUCUCAGUUACAAUUCCAAAGAAAUGAAUAGAUUUGAGUUCUCUUCAUUUGAUUUAGUUUAAUCUGUUAUUAAAAGAACAAAGACGGUCAUCAGAUAGCUUUAUUAAUGAGGAUUUCGUAAAGAUGUUGAUAUGGUAUUGAGUGGCCCUUCAUUUUCAGUGCCUGGGAACUUCAAGUAUGUUUUUCUUUAGAUUGUAUUAAAUAAUGAUUGAUCUGGGUUGGAUUUAUUCGGUGGAUGUGGUAAUUAUUAUAUAACCUAGAAUCAGUACUGGUGAAAGAGCUGAAAAUGCUGUGGGAUACUCAAAAGGAUCAUGUGGAAGUGGAACUAUAACAAAACCGUGAAUGAUUUGGUACUACUGAUGUGUGUUGGAUUUUUGACAGUUUAUGGAAAGCUUAAUGUUUUGGCUUCAUCAUCCUUUACUCAGUGUAAAUGUGGUCAAGUUAGUACAUUAAGGAAGAUUCAUAGCCUGAUAGCCUCAUCUCAAACUGCCGAUAGUGCAAAAGUUUUGGUGCAGCAAUUGGUUUGGUAUUAUUUUGGUGUCUGGUUUGCAGUGCAGUUGCUGAUGGUUGGGCUCAGUGUUGAUUUGGUUUAAUUAGUGAUUGGCUCAGUAUUAGGUAACUGUGUGUCCCUAGUGUAGUUGUCUUGUAGGCUUCCUCACCCAAGGAACAAUGUACAUGUAUAUUGUAAAUGAUUAUUUUAUCUAUAUCAAUCUGAUUGCUCCU